ACCGCCGCGGGGAGGCAGCUCCGCACACUCGCCCCUUCUCUCGCUCCCCCUCCUUGUUUUUUGGGAUUUUUUUUUAUCUCUGCUGAGCUUUCUUUUUCCUGAAGUAGGGCGGUCGGUGUUCCGUUUAUUCCUUCCUCGGGCUGGAUUUUCGCCUUAAAUCAAAGCUUUAAGUCAUUCUCGCCGUUUUAAAAGGCUUUUUAAAUUACUCAUCGGGCGCGUUUUGAGUAGAGAAUCUGCGAUUUUCCCGAAAUCUCUUGUUUUUUUCUCCUCUCUUCUGGACUCACUGGUGGAAUGACGGACUGUGGAGAGGAGCAGCGGAGAUAAGACACGAAAAUAAGACGCAGAAAUGGAGAACACGGAGCUCGAGAGCAGUUUUGAACAAAAACUGUCGCUGGCAGAAAAAGCACUCAGCAGCUCCCCUAUAGAGUCCACUUCCCGGUUGGAGAAGCAGAAUGGCCCGGACUCGGAGUUCCUAAAAGCCGAUGACACCACUAUCACUGAUUCCUCUCUGAUCACUGACCCUCCCUCAAAAAUAGAAACACCCGGCAAACACGACACCACGCCCAGCACGCCUGCAGCCAGCACCCCUCAGGCCAAAAAAGAUGGGAUGAGCUCAGAGCAGAGACAGAAGCUGGCUAAGCAGAGGAGGGAGGAGAGAGCCAAAUACCUGGAUCAGCGAACUCAGGAGCAAGCGGCAAAGAAGGCUCAGUGGUUGGAGAAGGAGGAGAAAGCUCGGCGUCUGAGGGAGAGCCAGCUGGAGGAACGCAGGAGGAGGCUGGAGGAGCAGCGGCUGAGAGCAGAGAAGCGCAGGGCACUCCUGGAGGAGAAGCAGAGGCAGAAACUGGAGAAGAACAAGGAGAGGUAUGAGUCUGCCAUCAAAAGGUCAACCAAAAAAACCUGGGCCGAGAUCAGACAGCAGAGAUGGUCGUGGGCCGGCGGGUUGAACCAGACGUCUCGCAGAGAAAGCAGAUGCUCGGCCUCCACAGUAAACCUGCCACGGCAGACGGAGCCUGUCAUUAACAACAGGCUGUCCAAGUCGUCGGCGACGCUCUGGAACUCGCCCAACCGAACCCGGAGUCUGCGUCUGAGCCCCUGGGAGAGCCGCAUCGUUGAGAGACUGAUGACCCCCACACUGUCCUUCCUGGCUAGAAGCCGCAGCGCUGCCACGCUUCUGAAUAACAACGACUCCCAUCAAUGUUCACGAUCUGCGUCUGCGUCCCCUCUGACCCCCUGUUCCCACCGUCACCCUCACCAGCACAGCGAGCGCUGGAGCGCCAGCACACCGGAUAUUACACAACGCCAGCGCAGACGCAACUCCACUCCGGCUGAGAAGAAAAAGAAAGAGAAGAAAGACAAAGAGAGGGAGAACGAAAAAGAGAAGAACGCUCUAUCGAAAGAAAAGGUGCAGAAGAAGAGACAGUCACAGUCCAUCACUAGGACUAAACCAGAGCCCAGCACUAACAUUAAACCCAAGAGCAGAGUUUCAUCACCUGCGCCCCCCCGAAGUCGCCCCCUGUCCCCCAACCCUGCAGUACCCCCCAAACCCACCCCCUCUUCAGGCCGAACUCCUCCCGGAACAAAGACCAGGCCCAAACGAGCUCAGACCCCAGCCCGGGUACAGCCCCCUGCUGUCGGCACUGUCGCCGUGGAGACAAAGAAAGAAGCCGAUCAGCCUGAACCCCCUAAAGAGGCGAAGACUACACCAACUGUUCCUGCCAUCACAGUUUCUGCCUCUCCUGCAACCCCACCUUCUGCCACUCAGCCAAUCACAGCCACGCCUCAGACCCCUGAGCCUGCCCCAGCAGUGACCACGCCUACUCCUCCAGCUGAGCCCACCCCACCUGCAGCCAAGCCAAUGGCUGGCACCAACAACCCAGAGGAGGCGAGCCGGGUGCUGGCGGAAAAACGGCGUCAGGCCCGUGAGCAGAGAGAGCGAGAGGAGCAGGAGAGGCUGGAGCAAGAGCAGAGAAACAGGGCUCUGCGCGAGGAGAAUGCUAGGAGAGAGGAGGAGGAGAGGAGGCGCAGGGAGGAGGAGGCACGCUUCAUGGCAGAGCAGCAGCGUCUGCAGGAGGAGAGGGAGGCUCAGGAGAGAGCCCGCGCCGAGCAGGAGGAGAACUUGCGCCUCCAGAAACAGAAAGAGGAGGCGGAGUCCAAGGCGAGAGAGGAAGCGGAGCGACAGAGGAUUGAGAGAGAGAAGCAUUUCCAGAAAGAAGAGCAGGAACGUCUAGAGAGAAAGAAGCGUCUGGAGGAGAUCAUGAAGAGGACACGUAAGAGUGACGCUGGAGAGAAGAAAGAUGCCAAGUCUCCAGCUCAGGUCAACGGCAGGGAGAAAGAGAAAAAUCCUGCCACCUCACUGAAUCCUUCUGCGACCCUCAAUAACCAAUCACAGGGAGACGUGAAAGUGAGUCCUGUGGCCUGGGGGUCUUCUCCAGUGGUGAAUGGAGUCCAGCCCACCAAACACCACAAUGGCCUGUCAUCCAAUGGGGAAGCUGCUGACUUUGAGGAGAUCAUCCAGCUGUCCAAUCACAACAGCAGCGGCAACAGUGGGCAGGGCCAGCCACAGACUGACCCAAUCAUGGCCUUUGAGGGAGGGGAGCCCUACCUGAUGAAGGCAGGUCCUAUGAAGCCCCAACAUGUGGCAGAAGUCCUGUGAGCGGUCAGCCACCCAGAAGGACGAGCCUUACGGAGCCACCAACAUGUAUAAAUACAGCAAGUGCAGAUCCACCAGCGAAAGUGUGCCAAACCGUCAGAGCGACGGCUGAAACUGUUUGGGUGAAGCCGAAGCCUCUCUGCUGUCUCUGAGGAAACGAGCAGCUGAAGACACAGAGACGAGGACAUUCAUCCUAUUUACAUAUUAAACAAGAUAAAGUUUGCAAAAAAAACAAAGCAAAACAAAACAAAAAUAAGUGUUUCCGUCUUUCUCACCGUGUGUCAUGGUGCAACAGUGUUGAGUUUUAUCGAAUCGUCACCCAGCAAUUUUGUGGCGCACCUUAAAAGACUGUUUAAGGAAUUUUAGAGAGCAACUUGGAAAUAUACAAUAUUUGGCUAUUGUUAUGAUAUAUAAUUAUUGAUGUUGUUGUUCUUAUGAUAUAUCUCUGUUGUUCUUUUAAUUUCAGAAAAAAAAGAUGUGUGUGUGUUUUGUCUUGAAUUCUUGAGUUAUUUAACAUCGGACGCGUUAGCAGAGGAGGUAUGUAAAUGUAUAUUUGCCUGACCUGUGGAAUAAAUCUUUAUGAAAGGGAGCUUGAAGUUGUA